AUAAUAAAAUGGGUUCUCGAUCCAGAAGUCCAUCGCCGAAACGGAGACAUCAUAAAAGUAAACAUAAAAAACGCAGUAAAUCCAAAUAUAGCAGUAAAAAAGAAAAUCGUGAUCGCGAUGAGCUAUACUAUUCGUCCAGUAGUAAAAAAGAAAAUCGUGACCGUGAAAGGGAACGUGACCGGGAGCGUGAACACAAUCAUCAUCGAUCAAGUCGAAAACGUUCCUCAUCGACAUCAUCCAGCAGUUCAUACACAGACAGUGAUUCACACAGCAGCAGUCAUCGGAGCAGCCGUCACAAGAAAAGUCGUUAUAAGAAAUUAGAUGAGGUGGAACGUUUGGCCGAAAUGGAAAGACAGAGACGACAAAAGGAAGCCGAGCAAAAGAUCAUUGAAGAAGAAGCCUCCAAACGCAUUGAAAUGCUUGUGAAAAAACGCGUCGAAGAAGAGCUAGAAAAGCGACGAGAUGAAAUCGAACAGGAGGUGAAGCGACGCGUCGAAGAAGCCAAAGCUGAAAUGGAACGUGAAAUGAUGUUAGAAUUAGAAAGAAGGCGUGAACAAAUACGUGAAGAAGAACGUCGCCGAGAGGAAGAGGAAAAGAAAAAACGUGAGGAGCUAGAAGAAAUUUUGGCUGAAAACAAUCGGAAAAUUGAAGAAGCCCAGCGCAAAUUGGCUGAAGAACGUUUGGCCAUCAUUGAAGAGCAACGUCUCAUGGACGAGGAACGCCAGCGUAUGCGUAAGGAGCAAGAGAAACGUGUUAAAGAGGAACAAAAAGUCAUUUUAGGGAAAAACAAUUCACGACCAAAACUUUCAUUCUCAUUAAAACCUGGAGCCUUAUGAGUUUCUGGUCUCUUAG